UUUCAGAAAUUAGAAAAUGUCGACAUCACAUGAUCGUGCAGUUCUAAAUCAAAUACUGAAUCCAUUAAUGCCUACAUCGGAUUCUGGAAUUGCUGAAAUUCAUUUAGAAUCAGAUAGUUUGGAGCAUCCAGGCUAUGAGCUCAGUUUGCAGCUCGAGAGAGAAGGUGUCGCGUUGGCAGAAGGUGUACGGUUGGAUGAAGCUAUUGAGAAGUUUACAAAAGCACUCGAAGUUUGCCCGAAAAAUCCAUCCGCGUACAACAACCGAGCACAAGCAUACCGACUUCAAAAUAAACCAGAAAAGGCCCUCGACGAUCUUAACGAAGCUCUAUCAUUAGCUGGACCAAAAACAAAAACUGCCUGCCAAGCAUACGUACAGAGAGCUAGCAUCUAUAGAUUGAGAGGAGAUGAUGAUAAAGCUAGAACCGAUUUCGCAUCAGCAGCCGAGUUGGGAUCCUCGUUCGCCAAAAUGCAGUUGGUGGCACUGAACCCAUAUGCUGCAAUGUGCAACAAAAUGCUUGCAGAGGUUUUUGAAAAAGCCAAAACAGGAGAGGAUUAAUCAAUUUUUUGUUUUAUUAAUUUUUUGUUUUUUUAAUUCUUCUUAAUCAAUAAAAAUUUCAACAAUAACAAAAAAAAA